GCUUUCGUCAUAGCGGCCGUUCCGCUCCCAUUGAAUCGUGUGACCGCUAAGACAUCGACCCGUUAUGCUUCUGGAUUGUUUACAUAUUUUUGGUUGCCAACACUAGCAAACCGUGUGUUCUGCCACACCUAUAUAUACCGCAUUGAUACCCCUCCCCCUGUACCAAUGAGGUAUAUAUAUGGGAUUUUCGAUUGAUUGACACCGGUGUAGUUGAUUGUACUGGUUUUGCAUUUUCUAGCAGAAGUUUCAAUGGAACAUACCCAGUUUUCUGCACUUCUGCUAGAAAGUGCGAAAACGGUUCAGUUUCAGUGCACUCCACUACACCGGUGUCAAUCAAUCGAAAACCCCAAUAGAUGUGGCAAGAUUCAUCUUACGAAUACCAAAGUGCCAUCUUCGCCAGAUCUGUAUAUAAGACAUUGCCCCUUGCUAUGGAAGAACCACUGCAGAUUAAUCCAGAGGCAAACGAUUCCGAUUCAAUGGAAUCCGACUAUACCAGUAGUGCCCAUCAAACAUUUGAAAUCAGAAAGCAAACUUGUAUUUUUACCGAAGUACAGAAUUUCGAUUUCUCGAAUCCACAUUUUAUUUCACGAGAAGUUGAUACACUUCGAGAAGGCCUCAUCUCUAAGCCACCAACGACAGAUUUUAAAAGUAGUAAUCAAUCUGAUCAAAGCCAAAUUACACUGGUAGCCCACCACAGGUCGAAUGACGAGCAGAAGAAUGAGAAACCAUGCAACAGUGUUAAGAUAGAAUUGACCACCUCGACCGUCGAUUCCGUUCGCCCUCUCGAAUGUGAGCUUUGUGGUAAACAAUUCCAUUUGAAGAGGUACCUAGUAGAUCACGUCCGAGUUCAUCUCGGCGAGCGGCCUUUUUGUUGCGAAGUCUGUGAUAAGGCAUUCGCUAGGAGCAGUGAACUUUGGCAUCAUCGACAGACGCACACCGGUAAACGACCGUACAAGUGCACCGUGUGUGCCAAAGAUUUUUCCAAAAAGGGUAAUCUGGUCGCACACAUGCUCCUUCAUAAUAGUGAGCGGCCGCAUAAAUGCACUGUAUGCGGCAAAGAUUUUACCCACAAAAGUAAGCUGUCAAAGCACAUGCUCUAUCAUAUGGGUGAACGACCGUACAGGUGCACUGUUUGUGGCAAAGAUUUUCCUCAGAAAAAUACACUAAUAAAACAUAUGUCGAUCCAUACGGGUGACUUUCGGUACAAGUGUGAUGUGUGUGGCAAGGGAUACACUACCAAUUAUUGCCUAAAAGAGCACAAACGCGUACAUACGCUUGAGCAGAUCAAUAGCGAGAAAAAUCAGAUCAAUGGAAAACCAGGCUACAGUCCAAAGGUAGCUUUCGUAAUCAAUUCCACCAAGUUACACGAAUGCGAGCUCUGCGGUAAAGAAUUCCACCAAAAGAGGUAUCUCGUGGAUCACGUCCGGGUACAUCGCGGUGAACGACCUUUCAGUUGUGAUGUGUGUGGUAAGGCUUUCCCCAGGAAACGCGUUCUUUUGCAACAUCGGCGCAUCCAUACCGGUGAGCGGCCUUACAAGUGCACUGUGUGUAGCAAAGAUUUUACUCACAAACCAAACCUUAUCGCGCACAAGCUGCUUCAUACGGGGAAGCGUCCGUUCAAGUGCGGCGUAUGCGGCAAAGAUUUCGCCUACAAAUCUAACUUAACGGCGCACAUGCCCCUUCAUACGGGGGAGCGACCGCACAAGUGCACCCUCUGUGAAAAAGAUUUUACCUUAAAAAAUAAUCUAAUAGCACAUAUGUCCACUCAUACGGGUGAGUAUCGGCACCAUUGCGAUGUGUGUGGCAAAGGAUUCAAUGGCAGUACUAACUUGAAAGAGCACAAACGCAUGCAUAUCGAUGAGCAACAGCAAGAAGCAGAAAAAGAUGCAUGCUCAGAAUACCGAACGUGUUACGAAUCAGGUUCAAGAGGUACAAAAAGUUGCGUGAAUACAUAGAUGUUUUAAUCAGUUUUCUGGGGAAAGAUCAUACAUCUACAUCGGUAAAAAAGUAAAUGUAUAUAAAAAUA